AUGCAUGAGAGAGCUGAAGUUCUUCGUCUUUUGAUCAUACAAAGGGAACUUCUGCAGCAAAGAGAGACUGCGCGUCUUCCAACGAGAAACAUCACAGCCAAUGUGCCUGUGGCUACAAACAUCAGAACCCGUCAUGAGGUGCCUCCAGCUACAAACACCAGAGAUGGCAGUCAGACUCGCAAAAAGAACGAGAGUUAUCCAGUCUUCUUUUGGGUGGCAACACUAAUAAUACUGUUUAUCGCAAUUCACUUCAAUUCUGGUAAUGAGGAAACAACUAAAUCCAGCGAAUCCCAGGAUGCAAAAUUUUCCUCAAAAGAAAGCUCAGUCAGACAUUACAAGUUCAGAACAAAUUUUCUGGACUUGGACUCAGCGAGUCCUUUUCUGACGGUGAGUGGGGACCGCCAGUCUGCCAUCCGUGUCUCCAGCAAACGGCCCUACUCUUCACACCCCUCCCGCUUCUACAGCGCCCCCCAGGUCCUCACCACCAACUGCGUACACUUUGGGUCCAACUACUGGCUGGUGGACGUACAGGGCUACUGGGACAUCGGCGUGGCCUACCCGAGCAUCGGCAGAAAGGGGAAAGGCACUAGCUUGGGAAACAAUGCCGUAUCCUGGAGCCUCAGCCACAAGAUGGGCAACCUCGCAGCUUAUCACAACAACAACAAGAUAACGGUGCAAAGACUGCUUGAAAACCCAGACUAUCAGAGAAUUGCUGUGUUUGUUGAUUUUGAUAUUGGGCUUAUACACUUUGCUGAAGUAGGGAACAAACUCAACAAUCUUUACACCUUUGAGGCUCAGCUAACCCGGUCUGUUUGCCUAGCCGUUGGUCUAUACAGUGUUGAUCCUCCGAGUUCAAUGUCUAUAAUCAAUGUUUCAGACAUAGAUUUUUUUGGGGGGGUAAACCAAGUUACUGUAAAGACUAAUGAAUGAGACAAGGUUGCAUACACAGCUGGAUAUGUGUGGUUUGCUAGCAAUUAUCAAGUGAGCUUGGACUUUAUGUUUGAAUCAAUCACUGAAGUUUCAUCAUUGAUGACAAACAUUACUUAGUCUUAACGGAAGAAACAAAUAAACUCCAC